AUGUUAGACGCCAAGCAAACGACGAUUAAGAUCAAGUACAAGGGCGAGCUGCACCCCCUGCGCGUGGACCUCACGUCGCUCUCGCUCGAGGCCUAUGCAAUGCUCUUUGCAGAGACGUUUAACCUUGCGCCCGGCAGCUUUAUGGUCGAGUACGAGGAGGCGAUUCAAGCGCUUGCGCCGGCUGCGGCCAGCGCCACGUCGGUGCACUUUAUAGCCCUGAGUAGUCGCCCGGCUGUCGCUUUUCAAGAUAAUGUGGUAGUGCCGAUCCUCGAGGGUACAAGGAAGCUGGUGGGGACGCUUAUUGUAGCCAUGAGAAAGGUCAAGCACGACAAGUGGUCGAAGAGGCGCAGCAAACGGCGCAGACGGGGCUGGAAUACAUAA